GGCGGCCUGGGCGCGGCGGCGGCGGCGGCGGCCGAGAAGAUGGCGGACGGCGACAGCGGCAGCGAGCGCGGUGGCGGUGGCGGGCCCGGCGGCUUCCAGCCCGCGUCCCGCGGCGGCGGCGAGCAGGAGACCCAGGAGCUGGCCUCGAAGCGGCUGGACAUCCAGAACAAACGCUUCUACCUGGACGUGAAGCAAAACGCCAAGGGCCGCUUCCUCAAGAUCGCCGAGGUGGGCGCGGGCGGCUCCAAGAGCCGCCUCACGCUGUCCAUGGCGGUGGCCGCCGAGUUCCGCGACUACCUGGGCGACUUCAUCGAGCACUACGCGCAGCUGGGCCCCAGCAGCCCCGAGCAGGUGGCAGCGGCGGCGGGCGCCGAGGAGGGCGGUGGGCCGCGGCGCGCUCUCAAGAGCGAGUUCCUAGUACGCGAGAACCGCAAGUACUACCUGGACCUCAAGGAGAACCAGCGCGGCCGCUUCCUGCGCAUCCGCCAGACGGUCAACCGCGGCGGCGGCGGCCCCGGGCCUGGCGGCUUGCAGAGCGGCCAGACCAUUGCGCUGCCCGCGCAGGGCCUCAUCGAGUUCCGCGACGCGCUGGCCAAGCUCAUCGACGACUACGGCGGCGAGGACGACGAGCUGGCUGGGGGCCCGGGCGGCGGCGCCGGGGGCCCCGGGGGCGGCCUGUACGGGGAGCUUCCGGAAGGCACCUCCAUCACGGUGGACUCUAAGCGUUUCUUCUUCGACGUGGGCUGCAACAAGUACGGAGUGUUCCUGCGCGUGAGCGAGGUGAAGCCAUCCUACCGCAACGCCAUCACUGUUCCCUUCAAGGCUUGGGGCAAGUUCGGGGGCGCCUUUUGUCGGUAUGCGGAUGAGAUGAAAGAGAUCCAGGAGCGGCAGAGGGAUAAGCUUUAUGAGCGACGCGGCGGGGACGAGUCAGAGGGAGAGGAGGUGGAUGAGGAUUGAAACGCGCAGCUUCCCUACGGGCCUCCCCACCCCACCACCGUCCUCUUGGCCAGAGAGCUCCCGUUCCUGUUCAUCCCCAGUGAGCUAGUGCAGGGGAAGACGGGGAGGCCCCAGAGGAGAAAACAAAAAUUUAAAUAAUAUAGUUAAUUAAGAGAAGUAACCGUAAGUGAACAGUCACAGACAAUUAGAGAAAAGCAGUAAAGUUCCAAGGAAUUGACAGCAACCUGCAAAGAGGACGGUAGCAUCUCCUCACCUGAGAAAAAGCCUCAGCUUCUAUUUUUUUCCCAACAAAGGUUCCUAAGCCCGUCAGUAUAACCCUGAAUGGGAUAGAUCCUUGCACAUAGGCCAAGGAACACCUCUGAGUUACCCAGAUCUAGCUGAAUUUACGUUGUACCUGGGUAACCUGGUCUAAAGGUCUUUCCAGACCUCACUGUUGCAAUGUCUAUCCCUUCACCCCCAUUGAAAUCAGCAUUUUGGAUCUAGAUUUUCGUGGAAACCUUGAGAAGAAAGAGGCCUUUACAGUUACCCAGUUUUGAGGGUACAGGUUUCAAGAAAAGGAAUGCAACUUUAAAUAAUCAUGGGCGGGGUGAAAUAAGAAUUCAAGAAGCCACCAGGGAAUACAGAAACAAAUUGGAUCUAUUUUGUUUAAAAUGGUUUUGCAUGGAACCUGGACCAAGGCCCAUGUCUUGUCUGCAGAAUUGUUUACCGGGAUGCAAAUGGAUUCAGAUGUCAAUCCUUGAACUAGAAUCCAUUACUAUAAUGUUUUUAAAGUUGGCAAAUUUUUUUCAAAGAUAAAAGAGCAGUUUUACAUUGGGGGUUGCUGAGGUAGGCACAUGAAGAAAUCGGGCAUAAAGCACAAGGAAAACUGUUUGAGUGGAUUGGUUGCUGCUCACUAAAGUUCUUCCCCGAUCUCCAAAUAUGGAGGUCAUUACCAAGAAAUGGCUUAAAUAUGAAUGAGAGCCAGAUCCCUGUGGCUCCACCGUGCGAGCCAGUGAAUUGUGGCUAAUUCGGCUGUUUCGGCCACUGGUUGGCUGGAUUUUAAACCAGAAAACUUGAAGGUAUCUACAAAAGGAACAGUGUGGCUACAAGCCUGAGCUUUAAUGGAAUAUACGUCCUCACAGAAAAGUUGGAUAUAACCAAAACUGAAGUCUUCAUCUACCUUCAGUUUAAUCUGUGGAUUUGUUCAAAUACUAAAAAGAUCCUCAGGUCCAGAAUUCCAGCAUCAUUUAUUCUUUUAAAAUGAAUUUUUAAGAACUUGAUCCAUUGUAUCAGUACCUCACAAUCAGAAGUUGGCAAAUGACGGAUGAGUCAUUCAAGCAGCGUGCCCUUUGGAAGCUGAAAUCCAUCCGAAUGGAGCUGAGGUGGACGUGAAUAUGCUGACCAUAUUCUGGAAGCAUUUUUAUACCAUCUUGAAAUUUCAACAAACUGGCUUUUGCCAGUUUAUCCAGCUGUCUUUCAAGAAUAAAAGUUGGGGUUUUCAAGGAUCGCCUCUUCUAUAUUUUAAAUGGAUUUUAAGUAUGAUUUUUACUAAUCAAGUUAAUCCCGCCCCAUCAAAAGGUAUUCCUAGAAAUGUCAUAGACCUAGGUAACUUUGAAUUGAAUGGGAGCUAACGUUCUUUCCAAAGUCUUCAGGUAUUUGUGCGACACUUUCUCAACCAGGAGGCAAGUAACCCCACCUCCACAAUCUUAGUAUUUUUUUGUUUUAACUGCAUGCCUGCCCUUUAUUUGAGCUGCCUUUUAAUUUAUUGCAUACCCUUUUUAUUAUCUUAUUUUGGUAUUCAACCUAUACAAUCUUUUUGUAUUUAUUGGGAAAUAGGUAAUAUACAAAAAUCGUUUUCAUGAAUUGUGGCUGAGAGGGAGGGAAAUAAUUGUGUAUAUAAAAUUAGGCUUUUUUAAAAAAAAUUAGACUAUGAUUCAGAAUAUUGGAUCUUAGAUUUAAAAAAAAAACAGUGGAAGAGCCACAAACAUUGGUGCCCUUUUCAGACUAUUUCUCUACUCUCAUUCAUCCACAGUAGACUUUUUAAACAGAUUUUUUUAAAGCUUUUCUUUUUUAAAAAUUUUUCUCCGUUGCAAAGAAUGUUUCCUAAAUUGUAUGGGAGCAAUAGUAUUUUUGAUGUUUUAAUGACAUCUGUAUACUUGUACUGUAUUUUGUACUACAAGGCAGCUGUUUUCAAUAAUGUCCUGCUGUAUUUACCUAUGUGUUUUGAGUGUUUAUUUCUUUGCUGCGGAGAACAAAUCCCUAAAUAGUUUUAGUAAAGGAGCUGAGAAGCUAGCAUUAUUAGGUUUGCAGAAACUGUUUAAGUUUCAAACUCUGAGGCAGCAAUGAAAAUUAAGGUUGCAGCUCAUAGUUGAUUGCUGUAACAUUUUCAUUUUCAAAACAUGUACAAUUCCUGUAUAGACCAACUUGUUUUCUUGCUUCAGAGGUGGUUCUGUUGCUCAGCUGCAGUGAGCCAGUUCAAUUUUGCAAAGGUGCAGUACCUCUCCUUUUUAAGGGGUUGGUUUAUUCUUUUUUCUUUUCCUUUUGUUUGGCUGAAUUGCAGUAACUAGCCUUGCCUUUCUAUUCUGUAGAAAUGACAAGGUCUUCACAAUCCUUCACCAGUGGCUACUAAGCUAUAAUUAGCUGAAUAGAAAGAAUGUGGAAGUGGUCUGAGGCAUAUAGAGUAUAUGCCAAGAACACUACCAUAUAUGGCAUCAGCUUUGGUUACCAGAGAAAUUUUCUUAGUCAUUAGACCAUAUAACAGUAAUAUAUCAUAUGUAAAUCUUUAGAUAUCAAUUUGAGAAUCCUCCAAAAAAAGGAGCAAAGAAUGCAUAAGCUAUGUGUUGGAAAAAGUAAUUUAUAUUAAAAUUUUGACCUGCCUAUGUAAGAUUAAGUGGUAAAUGUCAUAGUGGUGGGUUUUUAAGUCUUAACCAAUCUCAAAGGUUUGUUUUUCCUGCAGGGGGGUGGUCCAUGGCCUCUCUUCUCACUGCAGGAAGAUUACAGGAGGAUGUGGAUUAAUUGUAGCAUUCACUCAUCCUCAUUCCGGUCACUAGGGACAAUAGAAAUCUGCAAAGCACAGAGACUACACUUUUGGUGUGUGGUUUGUUUAAAAAGUUUAUAUUAACAGGCUAUCUUUCAGAACUCAUUCAUAAUUAUUGCUGAUUACAGGAAAUGAUCUUUGUAGAUUCCAGUCAGAAAACGGCAUUGUACAGACUAUGGGAAACCCUUUUUUUUUUGUUUGUUUUGUCUUUCAGCCACUACUGUGAACAAUGAUUUAGGGCUGUUUUUCAACUUUGGCAAACAUCCCGGCUAAUCAUGUGUUCAAAGUAGUCAUAUUCCUGAGAAGUAUGGAACUAAAAUUCCUUGUCACAUAAUUGGUAAAAUGUUUGUUUCUCAAACUAUUGCCGUUACAGAACAUGAGAAAUCAAAUUUUAGAAACAGUGAAAAGAGCAAAAAUCUGUGGUGAGACACCACUCUUCCCUUCUGGUUUCUAUUGUCCCUGACUGUCAUUCAAGUAGAAUGGCAGUUGUAGUCAGCAGAGAAAGUUUUCAGUGCAUAUGCUGCACAGUACAAAAUGUAAAUCUGUAUGGCACCAAAAAAUCAAAGUGAAACCAAAUCAAAAACCCAGACACCCUAUGUUACUGUGGGAGGCAUGUAGGUGGUAUAAAUGACUGUAGCCGUGACACUCACAUGGCUACUUGUCAAGUCACUUUCCAUAAUUAUUUACUGCAAAAUGAUCGCAAGGCUUUGGUGCAGGCAGCCGGUAACCUGCUGCUUCCUUUGUUACCUCUCGAUCACUUUGCAAUAAAUUGCAGGUCUUUUUUAAGAGAUUCAAGCUUCAUUUUUCUCAAAACAAAACAAUUAUCCUGGCUUAUCUGAAAAACGCAGGGUUGUGGGCAAAAGAGGCUGGUUAUAAUAAUGCCCUCAUAUUGAGUGGUCUGUAAAUGGCUGCACACUGCAGGCACUGUAGUUGCUGAGGAUGCUUUGUUAAACGUGACCUUGACUGGCUUUACAGGGCACAGGAUGUGCCCUACACAAGGUGUUAAAAGGUAAACUGUGUCUGCCUUGCUUUUGAGGUGGAUGAAAUUGAGGAGAAGCUUGAGUGUGUAAGCCAUGCACAUAGGUAUUCUUCACUGUAAAUUUUGUUUUCAUUUUUAACCCGAUUAUGGUACUUUGUCCGAUGCACAACUGAUCUCUCAGUAGAUAUUCAUUUGAAAAUAGUGUGGCCUUGAUCAGUGAGAAGGGGAAGGAGAGAAGUGACUUUUUCUUAUGUAAAAAUGACUCGUUUGCCGAGAGUCAUUUCUACAGCACUCUUAGUACCUAAUGCGUUUGUGAUCUGUCUCCUUGUUAAUUGGGGAAUGUUACUGUUUUUGACCCCGGAGUUAUUGAUUCAAUUGAGUUGUCUUCUCUUUUUAGGAAGUAUCAGAAUUGCUCUGAUAAGUAACAAAGUUGACUGCUUUGAUGUCCAAUCUCAGGUUUUAGAAUAUAUAUGGUGGUGUAAAAUUCCACUGUUAACUUUUAAAACAAUUUUAAUUUUGUAUACCCUAAGAGUCCCAUGCAUAGGGCCUGUUCAGAGAGCAGAGCCUCCCAUCUUUUUGCUCUUUUCCACUUUGUACUUCACCUGAGAAAGUGUCAAGUGAUUUUUUACAUUGUAUAUUUCCAUUUUAACUGACAUAUUUCUCAAAGAUAAAGCACUUUUUGAUCAUGAAAUAACAUGGAAUCUUUGUGUGAUGUGGAUCAUGGUUUCUCAGGCUCCCCUAGAUAAUUUGCUUAUGAAUAUUGUUCUAACUCUGUGUAAGAUGAGUAGAGAUCUUUGCUAAUGUUAGGAAGUUUGUAUUAUUGAUCAAGAAUGCAUUUUGCUAGCUUCCAAUGGAUGGGAGAGUAAACAAUGCUGCAUUCACAAUUUAAUAAGUUACUUUCCCUUGAGCCUUAAGGUAACUUUUUUUCUGUCAAUAACAGCACUAAAGUUAUAGUAAAUGAAUGAGAUUACCAGUUUUCAGGGUUGGUUUUAGAGUACUGUAAAUCAAUUAGCUGUCUUCCUAAACUGAACUAUUCCCAUUGAAUAAACUGGAUUAUGGGUUUGUGGGUGGGACCGGGGAGGAGGAGGGGAGAUUGUUUGUAGAAAAGGAAAAAAGAAAAAAACAACCAUGUUUACCUUAAAAAUACAGACACAAAAGAAAGACGUGAAUGUCAAUGCCCCAUUUGAAAUUCCAGGUGUGAGGUGGAAGUGGCAGAUUUAAACCUUAUUUCCCCAGUUUUUAAUCUAGAAAAGCAAAGUCAUUAAUUUUCAAAUGUUAGCCCCAGAAGUUACAAGAGAUAGCAGACUGUUGAAAGAUAACUUCUCUUGAUGUAUCUAACUGCUAUUUGGUUAAAGUUGCUGUUCCCAGCCCUCAGUCUUAAAACUUAGUUUCAUUACUGAUGGAUUUAACACUCUUACUUCAAUAAAUGUGGUCCAGUUGUCAGUAUGAAGAUUAAAUUUGGAAAGUAGUAAUACUGUGUAAUGAAGACUCCAGUAAUUUCCAGUUGGUAUCUGUACCCCUGAUCCGAGUGAGACCUUUAUGAAUGUAUUUUAUAUUUCCUAAUGAAAUAGGGAAUAUGCCAUCAAUGUAAUCACCUUUAUUUGCAAUUUUUUUCUUUUCAUUUGAAAAUCGAACUCAUGCCUCUUGAAUCAAACGUUCCAAUUGGGAUAGGAAAGCCAUGUUAAAGUAACUGCAAAUGCCAUAUUGGUAGUUUCACUGCUCAGUAUGACUUCUAAUGACAGGAGGGCAGAGCUUUAUUUGAUGCAAAAUGUUAAUUUUUUUCCAUAGGUGAUUCUAACAAAGAGUUUGAUGAAAAUAUGACUGUACUCUUGAUUACCAUGGGAUUUUGAGCCUAGGAGUAAAUUUCGUUUUCCUUAUAUUAUAUGUAAAAUACCCAUUGCAUUGGAUAAGAGAGGGCUGAUCAUACCUGUAGUAUGAUGAAAUGUGGGCCCAGAGUAUUGGAGAGAAAGCAAUAGACCUUUUCAAGUUCAUUGUCCACUAGCAUAUUGCAGAAGACAUGAGUUUGUCUUUUUUUUUUCUUUUCUUUUCUACUUUGAAGACAUCAAUGGCUAAGCCUUUGAAGAAAAUUGAUUUAGAUCACCUCAUUUCUUAAAGGCAAACUCUCAUCUCCAGUCCUGCCCUCUGUUGCAACAUCAGGCUGGCUCAAAAAAUCUUUAUACAUAUUUGGAAAUAGAAUGGCAAGUAGUAGAUUUCUUCCCUUUUUAACUUUUCCUGGGACAUCUACCUGCAGGGAGAAUCCCAAGAAAACUGAAGAACAAGUAUAUCUGUACUGUAUGAAUUUGAGUUUCAUUUUAAACUGUUCUGAUACGAAGCAUCAACGCUUUUCUCCCAGCCCACAGCCCACGCAACACCUCUGUCAAAAGCUCUGGAUUCCUAGAAAUUAAUAGAUUGGGCAAAAGUCCAGAAGCUGAUUUUAAAUCAGAAUAGGGCAUAAAUAAAAAAAAAGAGCCUAUAGUUUUGCAUGUUACAGUAGCAGGUGAGUAAAUUGAGGGUUUUUUUCCCCAAUGAUUAUCAGUAUUUGAUAAGAUUAUUGGUGUAUAUAGACUUUUUUUCUAAAGUUCUAGAAUGAUUAGUAGGGAUUUAUUCCUUUUGCACCUUUAUCCAGAUGUUUCUCCAAGACCAUUUUUAGAAGUCUGUCCAUCUUCUGGUACAUAUUUGCAGACAACACACUUUCUAUAGGAACCUUCACUGCCAGUCGUAACCUACCAGGGGCUUCCUUAGACUAGAUUUUUCUUCACUCCAAAGUUGGGACUGAGGUCCUGCCAGUAGAGAAUCUACAGAAGUAAUCUGAAUUCAAACCAAAUCUUGAUAGCAGGAGACAGAGCGUCCUGAUCUCGAUGUAUAACUGUAGAGUUUAGUUUGGAAGUUACUUUAAAGGGGUAUUUUGGGGGGAUGUCGUCAGUCUCUGUAAAUACCCACAUGCUUGUGCAUUGUAAACCAAGUGUGUAUUCCUGUGUAUGAGUUUGUAGAACUGAUUUCUGCUUCAAGAGAAGCCGCACCUUUAUAAUUUUAUAAGGUCCCCUCCACCUGUUAACCCUAUAAAUAUUUGUAAAUAGAACACUAAAAUUUGUAGCGAUAGGAUCAAUUUGGGAAUAUCUGCUGAGAGACCAAAAAGUUCAUUUUUUUAAGUACCUUGGUUAAAGAAUAAAGAUUCUUCCUCUUACUUUUUCAAAGAAGAAUGCACUUUAACAAACACAGAGCUGCAUGGGCAAUUCAAACAAAUCCGUGAAAUGCAGUACCCAUUCAGAAAGCAUACUUCCUGGAAACCAUUCAAAAGCAGAGUCUAGACGGGCUGUUGAUCUCGCUGCCUGGAGGUUGAAGCUCAGAUUCCAGUCAAUUUUGAGACGAGCAGGGCUGCUUCAAACGAACAAUGUGAAUACAGCCAGAAGCUUCAGACAGGUCUGUAAAAUGGCGGGUCCCGUGUUUACCACUAACUAGCAAAACUGACAGAAAAAACUCAGAGAGAAGAAAGAAUCCUUACUGCUGGUGUGCACUCCUUAACAAUAGCAGACUUUUGCAAAUGGAGUUUUACAGUCUAUAUUUAAAAAAUUGUAUGUUUGUAACAAAUAAAAGUAUGCGGAAACGUGAA